AUGAGAUCGCACGUGCAGAUCCUCACCACGCCGACUGCGGACACGCCUGGUACCACCCUUCUUCUCCACUUCGACAACAAGAGAUAUUUGAUUGGCAGUCUCGCCGAAGGCACACAGCGGGCAUGUGUGCAGAUGGGAGCGAGGCUGCUGAAGGUGUCGGAGUGCUUCUUGACAGGGAGAACGGAAUGGACGAACACGGGAGGCUUGGUUGGUAUGAUCUUGACAUUGGCCGAUUCUUCUGCGAGCAGCCAGGCCAGCAGUUGGGAAGAUGCAUUGAAGAAGGUCAAGGCUAAGGCGAAGAGAGAUGGUAUUAUGGAUGGCACGCCUGAGAUGAAGCAAUUGGAAGAGCAGGCUAAGAAGGAAGCAAGCAAUACCUUGACAAUAUUUGGGCCUCCGAAUCUCAACCAUACUUUGGCGACUGCGAGAAGAUUUGUGUUUCGGAAGGGAAUGCCCGUGAACAUCCACGAAAUACGAGAUGGAGACACACGGACGCAGCAGGAAGAUGAAUGGGCACCAUUCUGGGCAGACGACAACAUCAAGGUAUGGGCCAUGUCAAUCUCACCGGAUAAUCCCAAAGGAGCGAGCGCCACACCUCCCGAAUCUGCUAGUCCGCGAAAACGCAGUUUGGACGAGGCUUUUGGCGAGAAGAACGGCACACUCACUGUCAGCGAAGACUUGACACAGAAGGAGCGGGACUAUCUUACUGUGAAAGCUGUGGUGUCAGAAAUGUUUAACUCGUCAUGGCGGCUGGACACCUUGUACGAGACAUCACUUGCGGAUGUCAAGCAGCCUGCUACCGUGUUCGUCCGGAAUGCUCAGACGAACAAGCUAGAGAAGUAUCGUGGGCCGAUGCCUGGCGGCAAGGAACCAGUUCCAGAUCUCAACCUCAAAGUCCUUGUUCGAAGACCGUGGCCAGGUGCGCUGGUGGAGAGUCUGCCUCACGUCGAACCUGCCAAGGAGGCCGUGAGCUACAUCAUCAGGAACCACAUGCAACGAGGCAAGUUUCACCCUGAACGAGCACAAGAGCUGAAGGUGCCCAAAGGUCGGGCCUGGGCCCAGUUGUCAAAGGGCGAAAGUGUUCAGAACUCAGAUGGCGAGACUAUCACAACUGAGCAGGUCCUUAGCCCCAGCAGAGUUGGAGGAGGUGUUGCUGUCAUCAGCUUGCCUGGGCCAGAAUACAUUGACAAUUUGAUAUCGCGGCCCGAGUGGCGCGAGCCAAAAGUCAUGGAGGGUGUUGGUGCUGUGACCUGGAUCUGCGGCAAAGAUGUCGCUACUGACCCAAGAUUACAAGCAUUCAUGAAGGAGUUCAACAAUCUGGAGCACGUCGUCUCGUCACCAGACUAUUGUCCCAACAAUAUUGCGCUCGAUUCCGCCACUGCCGCAACAGUGCGCCUGAGAGAGCUCGAUCCUGCUCGAUACUCUGUUCCCGUGCAUGAUGCCGAGGACGGUGCUCCCCAGACAUACGGUGGCACGUCAGCCUAUCAAGAGACACAAACGAGCAAACCUCUGCCUGCACGCAUCGCUGUCCGAGGACAGAUGGUGCAGCUUGAGCCUUCGAUAGAAGUCCAGACGAAGGAUGCGGUACCAGCAUUGAAGAUCGCCGAGACUGCUGCAGAAGUGCCGAAGGAAGUAAUGGAAGAGGCGAUCAAAGCUCAACAGGCAUCGAAAAUCAUCGACAGCGACAUGCAGAAGUGGCUCGACAGUCUACCGCCUGGAGCUCAAGAUGCCCAAGUCACAACGCUUGGUACUGGUUCAGCUCUCCCAAGCAAGUAUCGCAACGUUUCUGCUACGUUGGUGAGGGUGCCAGGCUGGGGUAACAUCCUGCUUGAUGCGGGCGAGAAUACGUUGGGCCAGUUGAGAAGAGUCUUCGGUACUGAUCUCAAGCAGAUCUUGCAAGAUCUGAAGAUUCUCUGGAUCAGUCACAUGCACGCCGACCAUCAGUUGGGAACGACCAGUGUGAUCAAGGAGUGGUAUCAGCAAGUGCAUGGUAGCCAGCCAGCAUCGCUUGCAGAUCAGCAGGCCGGCUACGCAGCGAAAGCACAGCAGCAAAGGCGUCUUGCUGUCGUUUCCGAGCCCGCCAUGCUGCAAUGGCUCUACGAGUACAGUGCGCUCGAGGACUAUGGCCAUUCAAGGCUAGCGCCGCUCUCCGUGACUAAAAAAGGCCGCGACUGGUCGGGAUUGGGAUGGUUCAUACCACCACGUGAGUUGAAGGACUUGAGCUGGGAAGACCAGAGAGCGCGCUUGGAUGAAGCAGUGUUGUCGCCGUCUGACCUCGGCCUGGCCGACAUCCAAGCCGUCCAGGUACGACAUUGCCACGGCGCCCGCGCUGUGAGCAUUACAACGCCGUCCGGCUUCAAGGUCAGCUACUCAGGCGAUUGUCGGCCUUCCAAAGACUUCGUACGGAUAGGCAAGGACAGCACGGUCUGCAUCCAUGAGGCGACCUUUGACGACGAGCUACAAGGUGACGCGGAAGCGAAGAAUCACAGCACUACAUCCGAGGCGCUUGACAUUGCUCAGAAAAUGCGCGCCAAGGCCUGCGUCCUCACUCACUUCAGUCAACGCUACCAGAAAGUCCCAGUCCUCGAACGCGGCAACGAAGAGCUUCCUGCUGAUGAGGAGAUGGUCACUACCAACGACGAAUCUGCAAAUCCAGACGACAACAUGGACGCACCGCUCGCAGAUGUCGCCGAGCAGACUCUUCCGGACCAGCCUGCCUCCGAGGGCGACACCGGACAGCAGUACGAUCUGCCAUCAAAGGUCGGCGCUGCCGGGGAGGCGAUUAGAUUUACGCUGACCUCGGACAUGAAAGUCUGCGUGGCUUUCGACUACAUGAACGUAAGGGUGGGCGAUAUUGGACAUAUGGAGAAGUUCACGCCGGCGCUGCUGAAGCUCUUUGCUGAAGAGGAUAAGAGUCAGCAGGCGGAUGUCGCGGAGAAGAAUUCGGCUAAUGUUGUUGGGAGAAAGGAGAAAGAGAAGAAGAAGGGGAAGAGCCAGAGGAAUAAUUAG